GCCACAAGAGAUAUGAUGUAUAUAUUCCAAAGUUCUCCAUCAAGACUUCCUACAACCUGAACGAUGUGCUGUCAGAAAUGGGAAUGACAGACAUGUUUGGUGAUCGUGCAAAUUUGAGAGGCAUUUCAGAGGUUCAAGGACUGGUAGUCUCACAAGUUGUGCACCAAGCUACACUUGAUGUGGAUGAAGCCGGAGCCACCGCUGCAGCUGCCACAGGCAUCGGCAUCGGACUGACUGCCCUCCUGGCCCCUGUCCCUAUAUUGAAGUUCAAUCGUCCAUUUAUGGUCAUCAUCGCUGAACGCAACACGGAGAAAAUCCUCUUCUUGGGAAAGAUUAUCAAGCCAACCAUCUGAUGGAUCAUGACUUUGUUUGCUCGAGCACAGCUGUUGCAUCUUCAUAUAAAGGAUUCAGAAAAACUU